AUGGGUCUUAUUCAUCACACACUUCCACCUCCGCCAGUUUUGGAAAGAGAAGAUUCAUUUGAGAGUGAAGGAGACUCUGAUAAGAAUAAUGAUGGGCUUAUUUGUAACGAACGUGGUGAACGUGACGUGAUUGUCUGCGAAGUGAUAACAAAUUUGGCCGAUGACGAAAUAUUUAGGCAUCAUGAUGAUGAUGAUGAUGAUUAUACAGAGGAAGAAGUGAUAAGCAAAUCUGAACCUGAAAAAUCUGAUUCGUUGACAACUUUGAGAAUAGAGACAAACGAGUUCAAACCUGGUGGCUCUGAUUUGUCGACCUAUUCAACGAUAGAGACAACAUCUUCAGAAAUGGAUAAUUAUCAUUCUACUGACAAACCGCAGCUUGAGAGUACAAAUAAAGAGAGUAGCUUGUCAUUUUUGGAAAAAUUAUCUAUGCUCCCAGUUGAUAAGAAUGAGAAAAAUAAUGACGGACUUGAAGAAAAUGAAAGAUCUGGUAUGGCUGUCCAAGAGAAAAUAAUAAAGUUGGAUAAUGAUUUUUUUCUUUUUCCAGAAAAAGUUAGUUUGCCGAAGGAAGAAGAAAUAAGUAAAUCAGAACCUGAAAAAUCUGAUUUGUUGACAACUUUGAAAAUAGAGACAAGCGAGUCAAAAUCUAAUGACUAUGAAUGGUUAUUCUUUCAAAACAAACCACAAUUUGAAAGUAUAGAAGAUAUAGAAAAUGAAGAGCAUGACUGGCUGUUGAGAUUUCUCCAAGAAAUAAAUGAAAUACAAGUAAUUGAUACCAAAUCUGAAGAACCUGAUCGGUUGAGAGUUUCUAAGGAAGAAACAAGCCAGUCAAAGCCUGAAGUAUCUGAGAAGUUGGAAUCAAUAGAACUGAUCAACAACUUUCUGAAGAUCAAGCCGGAAGUUAAUGACGUAGACAAAAAUUUCACAACUUAUGUAGAAACUGAAAAAAAAAAUAUUGAUGUGACAAAACUUACAAACGAAGAUACCUAUAACUUAAAUACCGGUAUUUCCCAGUGGUUGUUCCUUUCAAAUAUUCUCCAGCCAAAUAUGCAGGUAUGUUUACAAGUGUGA